UCAUCAUCACCGUCUAUCACUGUUGCUCCUCCAGCUGGCUUCUGGAGAGACUGACAGAGGAGACAACUUUGCAGGUGAGGACCAGGAGAAGCUGGCACGUGGGAACUCCUCAUCUCCUUUUGGCUUUCCACUGAAGGGGAUGAAUCACAAUAUUCCUGUUGGAUAAAGGAUAAGGUAGCUAAAAAGAUGCUCCAUUUGCGAAGUUCACAGAUGCUGCAGAUGUUGGAGAGCUCCUUAAGGAAAUACCUUCCUGAGUCCUUAAAGGUUUAUGGGACUGUCUUCCACAUGAACCAGGGAAACCCAUUCAAGCUCAAGGCUCUGGUGGACAAGUGGCCUGAUUUUAAUACAGUGGUUGUCCGUCCUCGGGAACAGGAGAUGGGAGAUGACCUUGAUCAGCACACCAACACUUACCAGAUAUAUUCUAAAGAUCCUAAGCACUGUUUGGAAUUCCUUGGCACACCAGAUGUCAUCAACUGGAAACAGCAUCUGCAGAUCCAAAGUUCACAGUCCAACCUAAAUGAAGCAAUAAUGGACCUUGCGGCGGGUAAGAUGGUCAAGGUCAAGAGAACACAGUGCAUUCUCUACAUGAUGCCUGAGACAGCAAAGAAACUGGUUCCUUCCCUGUUGGAGGAUAAAGAGUACUUAGACCAUCAAUCUGGCAGGCCCCGGGCUAUUGACCAAGAAAUGUUUAAACUCUCAACACUGGAUGUUACCCACGCUCCCUUGGUGGAUAAAUUCUGGCAGUUUGGUGGCAAUGAAAGGAGCCAGAGAUUCAUUGGGCGCUGUAUCCAGAUCUUUCCCAGCUCAUGUCUUCUGGGACCUGAAGGGACUCCUGUGUCUUGGGCUCUGAUGGAUCAAACUGGAGAAAUCCGAAUGGCGGGCACAGUGCCUGACUACCGGGCACAAGGCCUUAUCUCCCACAUCAUUUAUGCUCAGACUCUGGCUAUGGAUAAACGUGGCUACCCUGUGUAUAAUCAUACAGAACAAACCAACAAAGUCAUACAGAAAAUGAGUCACACUCUACACCAUGUCCCCAUGCCCUGUGACUGGAAUCAGUGGUAUUGUGCACCUCUGUGAUUCUAGUACUCAACACAAGGCUGUGUUGGGUCAGCCAUAAUAAAUCUGGAGGAGUGGUCAUAGAGAAAACACAGAUUGUAAUGAACAAUAAAGGAGUGGGCAUUGCUUGGGCUCUGGGGAAGCAGUGUGAAUGGUCAACACUAUACCAUGGUCCUUACCCUCAUAUUACUUUUUAUAUCCAGCAGACCUGUAAUGGCCAGACCUCUCUGCUGAGCCAUCAUCUUUGUUUAGUUUUCUAUAUUCUGGAUAUCAGUGACACAUGUACUCAGUGGCACAUUACAAUCCUCAUGUGGAUUAUUGCCCAUGAUCAGUUUUGUCGGGAUGUGGUGCUGAUGGGGGACUAGUGUGUGCUUUUCUCCAGCAUUCCUUUGUUUAGGAGUUAGAAUACUUCCCAUCAACAGGUACUCUGAAAAGAUCGCUUCAGUGGAAGUCCUUUGAUCUCUGUUUAAUUUCCAUGCCAAAUAAUGAAUGAAUAAAUAUAUGAUAGUAGUUGGAUGAUA